AUGAACGUCGUCUACCACCCCGCUGAGCACGAGGACACGACCCCAUGGCGCGGUGCUCUCCCAGCCCGUGCGUGGCAGCAGUCGGACGCUCGCAGCCUGAGCCUCAACGCUCCUUACCGCUUCCGUCUCUCGCCCACUGCCGCUGUCGAGGACGGCGACGCAUUCGCCAGCCCGGACUUUAACGAUGGCAAGUGGGACACCAUCCCCGUCCCUUCCCACUGGGUUCUGCAUGGCUACGGCGCUCCCGCGUACCAGAACAUCAACUAUCCCUUCCCCGUCGACCCUCCCUUUGUCCCGACCGAGAACCCGACUGGUGACUACCGCUUCGAGUUUGACCUCCCCAAGGAGUGGGAGCUGAACAACGGCAAGACCGUGCUCAGGUUCGACGGUGUCGAGUCGUGGUACAAGGUCUGGCUCAACGGCAAGCUGCUCGGCUUCUCGACCGGCAGCAGGCUGCCUACCGAGUUUGACGUCACCUCCGCCCUUGGCGAGAAGAACGUUCUCGCAGUCCGUGUCCACCAGUGGUCGGCUGCGACCUACGUCGAGGACCAGGACCAGUGGUGGAUGCCGGGAAUCUUCCGUGACGUCACUCUCAUCCACCGUCCGGCCAAGAGCGUCGAGGACCACUUUGUCCACGCUUCGUACGACCACACCACUGGCAAGGGCACUCUGAAGGUCGACUCGAACCCUGCUGGCCGUGUCAUUGUCCCUGCGCUCAACAUUGACCAGGAGACCGGCACCGAGGUCACCGUUGCUGUUGAGCCUUGGACGGCCGAGAACCCUCACCUCUACACCGGUGUGCUCGUCACCGAUGGCGAGCGCGUGCCGCUCCAGAUCGGCUUCCGUACUGUCAAGGUCGACAAUGGUGUCAUCACUGUCAACGGCAAGCGUAUCCUCUUCCGCGGUGUCAACCGUCACGAGUUCCACCCCGACAUGGGCCGCGCGCUCGACCACGCCACCAUGCUCCAGGAUGUGCUCAUCAUGAAGCAGAACAACAUGAACGCCGUUCGCACCUCCCACUACCCUCCCCACCCCCAUUUCCUUGAUCUGUGCGACGAGUACGGUCUCUGGGUCAUCGACGAGGUCGACCUUGAAACCCAUGGCUUUGAGAUUGACGGAUGGAAGGGUAACCCCAGUGCCGCUCCCCAGUACACUGAGGCCCUCCUCAACCGCGCCGACCGCAUGGUUGAGCGCGACAAGAACCACCCGUCCAUUAUCAUUUGGUCGCUCGGUAACGAGGCUGGUACCGGCAACAACCUCCUCUUGAUGUCAAAGCAAAUCAAGAAGCGUGACUCAUCGCGUCUUAUCCACUACGAGGGUGACAGGUCCUGCGAGGGCACCGACAUGUACUCGCGCAUGUACGCCAGCCACCUCGAGGUCGAGGAGAUUGGCAAGGGUAUCGAGCCCCCACUGGACGACCCCGAGCUGGACGCCAAGCGCCGCAAGAUGCCCUUCAUCCAGUGCGAGUAUGCGCACGCCAUGGGCAACGGCCCCGGCGGUCUGCUCGAGUACCAGCAGCUGUUUGAGAAGUACCCUCGCUGCCAGGGAGGCUUUGUCUGGGAGUUUAUCGACCACGGAUUCGAGAAGACCACGCCCGAGGGCAAGAAGUACUGGGCCUACGGCGGCGACUUUGGAGAGGAGAUUCACGACGGCAACUUUAUCUCUGACGGUCUCCUCUUCCCCAACCGUGACCCCAGCCCCGGCAUGCUCGAGUACAAGAAGGUCAUUGAGCCUGUCAAGAUGACCGGUGACGCGUCCAAGGGUACUCUCUCGAUCUACAACGGCUACGACUUCUCCGACUUGAAGCACCUCAGCCUCUGGUGGAAGCUCGAGCACAAUGGCGAGUUUGUCGCCGAGGGCGGCAUCGACGCUGCCACUCUCCCCGAGAUUGCCCCGGGCAAGACUGGCGAGAUCAAGCUCCCUGUCAUUGCUGUCGACGGCAAGGGCGAGUUCUGGUGGACCUUCUCGGCUCGUCUUGCCGACAAGGCACCCUGGGGCGAGGCCGGCCACGAGGUCGCCUGGACCCAGUUCCCGGCCAUUGCUCUUCCCGCACCCGUUUCGGCUCCCGCGUCCGUCAAGCCUGUCAAGGAUGGCAAGACUGUCACUGUUGGCCCUGCCACUUUCAACGCCGUCGAUGGCCAGCUCGUUCAGCUUGGUGGCAUCAAGGUCGACGGCGCCAAGCUUGACAUUUGGCGUGCGAUCACCGACAACGACCGUGGUAUCUCGUUUGACACGAAGCGUUCCAUGGCCGACGAGUGGUAUGCUGCUGGCUUUGACCGUGUCCACCACCGUAUCGACUCCGUCGCCAUCGAGGGCGAUGCCUUUGUGGUCGCCACCCGCGCGGCCCCGGCGAUCCGUAACCGCGGCCUCCGUACCGUCUACCGCUGGACUGCCCCCGACGCUGGCUCGGUCAAGCUGUCGCUCUCGGUCGAGCCUGAGGGAGACUGGGGUAACCUCCUCCUCCCCCGUCUUGGUGUUCGCUUCGGCCUCCCCAAGGACCUCGCCAACGUCGAGUGGUUUGGCUGUGGUCCCAAUGAGGCGUACGCCGACACCCGCACCGCAGCCAAGGUCGGCAAGUACGCGUACACGAUCGACGCCAUGCAGACUCCCUACGUUUUCCCCCAGGAGAACGGCAGCCGUAUCGACGUCCGCUGGGCCGAGAUCACCGGCAGCGGACCCGGCCUGCGCGUCGAGGGCGAGCCGCUCUUUGCGCUCACGGCCCGCCGCUGGACGACGGAGCAGCUCGACAAGGCCAAGCACACCACUGACCUUGUGGCUGGCGACAACGUCUGGCUCAACGUUGACCUCAAGCUCAACGGUAUCGGCACUGGAUCGUGUGGUGAGGAGGUCCUCGUCCACGACGAGCUCUUCCCUGCCAAGCACGACUUCUCGUUUGUGCUCCGCCCUCUCGCUUAA